CUGACGAACCUUUACAGUAGAGUAUAAAUGUAAAAACUUAUUAGUAAGAACAUCUAAGAGUGAUUUAAAUAAAAAAGUUUAAAAAUGGCAUCUUCAAAUUUUUCAGGUUUUCGAGUGGCUCUUAUACAAAUGACUAUAACGGGAGAUAAAGCGAAAAAUAUAGCCGUAGCAGUUAAACGUAUACAGGAAGCAAAGCAAAAAGGAUGCACACUCGCAAUAUUACCAGAAUGUUUUAAUGGACUUUACGAAAUUGAGCUAUUCAGAAAAAAUGCCGAAGUCAUUCCAAGUGGAGAAACUAGUAAAGCUUUGUCUCAAGCUGCUAAAUCAAAUCAAAUUUACGUUGUGGGUGGUUCAAUUCCAGAGUUAUGUGAUGACAAAAUCUACAACACGUGUACUGUUUGGAACCCUAAUGGAAAUAUGAUUGCAACUUACAGAAAAGUACAUUUAUUCGAAGUAAAUAUUACUGGCAGUACUCGCUUCAGGGAAGCUGAUGCAAUGAUGCCAGGAAAUUCACUUAGUACAUUUCAAUUGGGCAAGUUUAAAAUCGGAUUGGGAAUUUGUUAUGACAUUAGAUUUCCCGAAAUGGCUGAGUUAUACCGACAACAAGGAUGUGAUAUGCUGAUAUACCCUAGUAACUUUUGUACACCUCUGGGGAUUUUACAUUGGAGUCUUCUAACCAGAAGUCGAGCACUGGAUAAUCAGAUGUUCGUGGCUUUUGUGUCAGCGGCCAGGGUCCCUCAUCCCACUUACGUAAUAUACGGCCAUUCGAUGAUAGCGGAUCCAUGGGGUCAAGUUAUAGGCGAAGCUACUGAAAAGGAUAUGGAUUUGUACAUAGAUCUCGAUUUAAGUGUAUGCGAAAACGUAAGGCAGCAAAUACCCACCGAGAAACAAAAGAGGCACGAUAUUUACGAUGUAAUUCAAAAGGGAAAUUAAUUAUGAUAUGUUUGUGGUGGAUACCAUACAAUGAAAAUGCGAAAUAAUUAAGAAGUUCUCACUUAAAAAAAUUUCUCAUAAUAUUAACCGAUUGUUAUAGUAAUCGACAAAUACAUUAGAUUAUUUAUUUUAUUCGAUGCUGUAGAAUAAUAAUCAUUAAAUGGGUAAUAAUAAUA